UCUCGCGCGGUCACACCAAGCCUUCGUCGUGGAUUUCUCGAACUUGGAGCAAGAUCGCUAUGGCUGGCUUAGGCGUUUGGGGACUUUUUCUUUUGGCUGUAGCGGUGCCACAGGUUUACAGCAUUGGCUGUCCAGAUAAUUUUUAUCGGCUUGGAGAAGUAUGCUUGACUUUGAUCUCAUCGGACAAAAAGUCUUUUGAAGAUGCAAACAGCGCCUGCAAGGGAUUGAAUGCACAGGCGUCCCUUGCCAUCAUCAGUGACUAUCGCAGACAAGCCCAGAUUGUUGCGAUGAUGAGGUCUUACCAGGGCGAUGACGUGUACAUCGGGCUCAAAGCAACCCCUGACAACCCGUUCUUUUUUUGGGCUGACGACAGCAUGUCGAAUCCUACCUUCACCAGAUGGGGUGUCGGACAACCAGACGGAUACCCAAUCUUGACUAAGGAAGACUACUGCGUUGUGUUGGAUAACUCCAAUACAAAACAGCCCGGGUUUUGGUAUGAUGUGCCCUGCACCGAGACCCAUCGAUACAUCUGCAGCAUGGAUCUAGAUGAUCGUUCUAAUAGUAGUGCUGUACCGCCAGCACUCAGAUGCCCUUAUGGUUUCUAUGCGCUUGGUGACUCAGCCUGCUUUGGAUUCAACGACACACUGUCUACGUACAAUGAGGCCGAAACGGCUUGUCAAGCUCUAUCCCAAAACCCUGGGGAAGAGAUUCAUCUUGCCAUGAUACUAGACGGCUACGAGUCAGCCCUCAUUGAGACCAUGAUGUACUCGCUAGGUCUCAGUCAUGGAUGGAUCGGAUUGAGGUCGACCGAUCGUGAAUUUGGGUGGAUAACUGGCUAUCCCGUUGUCUACACCAAUUGGGGGGCAAACGAGCCCAGUGCAGAGGAAAGUGAAGGGUGCGUCCGUGCCCGAACAGACCAGCAGAACUGGGACGACACAACGUGCAACGACAACGCCGCCUAUUUCUGUCGUUUUGAUCGAUUUGGCAUGCCGUUACCAACUUCCGACCCCGACACUGAGAAGCUGCCCUGUCCAAGUGGAUGGGAAAGUUUUGGAUCCAACUGCUACUACUUCUCGGACGUCAAGACUGACUGGGGGGAGGGCAACUUCAGAUGUAUGCGGAUGUACGAAGGCGCCACGCUAGCAAGCAUCACGUCAGCUGCUGAGAAUGAAUUUGUAUACAGCAGAGCAAACAACCGGUAUCCUGCAAAUGACUUUGUUUGGAUUGGACUGACACGCGUUCAGACUGGCAACAAUGACUGGACCUCAUUUGGCUGGUUAGACCAGAAUGAGUUGAAUUACAUCUUCUGGAGCAAGGGAGAGCCCAGCGUGGUGGACUCUGACACCGUACUGUUGGAGAGCUGCGUCGCCAUGUCCAUCACGACCGCUGGCGCUGGAGCCUGGAGCGAUGAAAUCUGCCAGUUCAGUGCGCUGUACUCCGUUUGCAAGUUGCCAAAGCGGACAACUUAUACAGACAGAAAGUGUGUCUCUGACAAUGAGAUCAAAUUUGGAGAUUACUGCUACUUGCCCAGCACUGUGAGCGGAAGUAAACUUCGUUCUGGAACCUGGAAUGAAGCAGAAAAUGAAUGCAGGUCGCAGGGUGGCAACCUUGCAUCUGUUUUCAGCGAGGAUGAACAGACCUUGGUCCAAGUUUUGUCCUUCGGAUUUGCCAAGAGUUACUGGAUCGGCUUGCGGCAAUACGGCAACAGCGAUUUUGCAUGGAGUGAUGGCACAGCUUACGAUAAAAACACCUAUUCCGGAUUCCCUGGUGGUCAGCCCCCAGUCAACCUGGCUGAUGAGGAGGAAUGUGCGGAACUGCUCAUCUGGCAAAAGGGAGAGUGGGCAACAAGUGCCUGUGGAAAUACGCUGAGCUUUGUCUGCAAGCGCAAAGAAACAGAGAGUGAUCCAAAACCCCUCCUUCCCGGUUAUCCCACAACUGGCGGCUGCCCCGACGAUUACUUCAAAUUGGGAAACAGGUGCUACAGCGUGAAGGGCACGACGGCGAGUGAGCGCAAGGGCUGGAUCGCGGCCAGAGAUGACUGUAGAUCGGAUCGAACAGACAGGGGUUGGACUCUUGCCACGGUCAGCCAUCCUGGACAACAAGCUCUGAUGACGGCCAUCAUCAAGGCAUUCGAGGGUGUGGACAUGUGGAUUGGCUUGAACGGCAUCGGUAUCCACAACCAGUAUCACUGGUCUGACGAGUCACCGUUGGAGUACACCGCCUGGAUGGAAGGCCAGCCAGACAACCUCUUGCCCAUCACUGACCCUAAUUCUCAAAGCUGCGUGGUGAUGAUGAACAAUCCUGAUGAUCCAGGUAGCUGGAAUGACGUCACCUGCAGUGUCCCACGGGCCUAUCUCUGCCAGUCUCCAUUAGUCACCGCGGGGGGCACUCCCCCUGACCUGCCAGGCAGCCAGUGUGCGGACAAUCGAUACAGUCAGUACUUCGAUACUUGCUUCCUUGUGGAGCGUGAAAUGAGACGCUCAUUUGAUGAUGCCAGAACGGAUUGCCAGAGUAAGGGUGGUGACUUGCUGUCGGUGUUUGACCGAUACGAGGCGGCCUUGUUCACGUCCAGUCUGUAUGAGGAGGGGUUGGACGAGUCAUCCAAGGCAUAUAUCGGGCUGCGACGCAAUGCAGUCACUGGAGUGUUUGAAUGGAUCGACAAUUGGCCAUUGGAAUUCACCAUGUGGGGCCCCAAUGAACCUCACAACAGAAAAGGAGAUUGUGUCGUGCUGAAUCGAGAGGGCUUCUGGGAAGUCAGUUUGUGCAGCACUAUACAGAAUUACAUUUGUGAAUAUCCCUCUCCACCACCUGACAAGCCGGGGCUGAGGAGAGGCGUCUGUCCUGAAGACUACGUCGAACUACCGGGAACAGAUUACUGUGUGCUCUUUGCCACAUCACAGACCCGCAUACUGUGGGAAGAGGGGACCUACAUCUGCACAACCCAGCACAACGGAGGGGUGCUGCCCAGCAUACACUCCCAGGCCGAGGAUGACUUCAUCUGGACUGAAGCUAAGAAGGUGUUCACGGAGACUAACGCUAAGAUCUGGCUGGGGAUGAGGCGCGAUCAAACAGGUUUCAGUUCAUGGGACGAUCUAAGUCUCAUGGACUAUGUCAACUGGCAGGCCAAUGAACCAUCAGAUGAUGCAAAUGAAAACAACAAGUGUGUCCAAAUGGAUCUGACGAGCGGUGAAUGGGCCGACGUUCAGUGUUCUCUGAGAGCCAACUACAUCUGCAAAGCCCCUAAAUAUCCGGCUCCACCCACAAGAGCCCCGACUCAGAAACCCCCACCUGACUCUGCGGCAUUUCGACCAGUCUCCAGUUUGCUGUCCGUACUCCUAGUGAGUGGGGCUGCUUUCCUGUGCGCAAGGUGGUAGACCAGUUCUUGAUCCCAGUGUGGCCAAGCAUUAGCAGAUGCAUAGGAGUACCUAUCGCUCUUUUAAAUACUGUAGCUUUUCAUUUCGGACCCAAUUUUAAUUACUAUUAAAUCCAACCCAAGGGGAAGGUGGGAGGAAUUUGUUCAAGUUGUUGCUGACCAGUCUCCCAACCAGUUCUUUCUUUUCUUUCCUUCUUAGAUUGCUUACAGUUUCUGUGAGUGGCCCGAGUUUGCAUAAAUGUCACCUUUUGGCUGGUUUUUUGGUUUUUUUCUUCCAAUUCAUUUCAAAUGGACAUCUGUCCCAUUGAUUUUGAAUAGGGUUGUAUUUUCCUUUCGUAUUUAGUAUUAUGUGUAUUCUUAUCUAGUAUUCUAAUAGUUGCGUUGGAUUUCUGAACACGUUGUGAAUUGUUUACUUUUGUACUGAUGGCCAACCGUAGUUUUAAUAGCCAUUUGUAGUAAAAUAGGACUGUGUCAUCAAGAGAACAGACCCUGUGAGAAAAUGAAAUAUCAGUGAAAGGAAAGGAUGAGAAGCAAGUUCAGUCGAGAGCGGUGAACCUGAUUGAUGUACUCUGGCAUCAUGUGAUACAACCUCACAUCUGAGGGCUAUGAUUGGCUAAAUGUUGAGCUUUUGUUUUGAAUAACACACCAAUCAGUAGAGCCUACCAGCUAAUGACUUCAUCAAGCCAUUUCCAGUCGAAAGAUUUGUCACUGCUGGUGGCUGUCCAGGCUUUCAGAUAACCUUAGAAGCUGUAAAGGGCUUUUAAUAUGAGUCUCCCUCCUCCGUGCUGUUGCCCCCCCCUGCACACCUUUCAGAUUUGACCAAUAUGGUUAUUAGGACCACCAGGCCGUGAAGACCAGACAAGUGUGCACAUUUACUCGAAAAUUGGACAGUCCAAACACACACUGGUCCAUGGGAUGAAAAAAAAAUCCACGCUCUUUUUCUUAACAUUAAUUUUAAUGUCAGAUUACCGUCGCUCCUGUCUUGGUAAAUUUCACUGCAGAGUUUGAGUAGAAUAGAUAAUUUACGCCUGGGAAAAAAAUGUCUGCCGUUGCUCUUUAAAAACGAUGAUUUGUCUUGAAAGUAAGAUAGGUAUGGGAACAUUAAUGCAUGUACAGAAGUUAAUUGUAAUAAGUCUUAUUUCAUUAAGCAAUAAAACAUAAGACAUUUUAAAGCUAAAUUCCUUACAUUGCAACAUAAAUUUAAAUGUUUGAAUGCAAAUCUAUUUGUGUAAUGGAUAUCCGCUUUAUCAUGCUUGUGAAGUUCUUUUUAAUGGAUUGAAGUCUUUAAGUCUUCCUGACCUGUUGCAAGCAUUUUUAGUAAUUAACUUUUCAUAAAAUGACCAUUGUCGAAUGCUAAAAUGAAAACAUGUAGGUCUUGCAAUCUCAGUUCGUUUUUAUUUUAUGGUCUUGUACCACAAGUUGGCUGAGUAUAUCUUCUAAUUCUCAUUUAUUUGGAUCCCAAUAUUUGAAAGAGAGCAGUCGUUAUUCCCAAACAUAAGUAUAGUCAAAUCCCUUUAAAAAAGUACAGUCAGUGAGGAGACGGUAGGUGAGUAAGGGCGAAUUCAGAAGGGGAGGGGCCAGUGGGGGUGCCAUCCCCCAAAAAACGAAGAGGAUUGUUUUAUUAUUCAGAGUGAAGAUAUUAAGUGUCUUUAACGGA